AAAGUCUCGAUCUGAUACGAAAUCAAAGAUGGAGGACAUGGGAGGAACAGAUCGAUGAGGCAUGUGAUUAUUUAAUAAAUUGUUAUUAUACAAAUGGCCAAAGACUGGAAACAGUUGACGUAUUUGCUAACAGCAGCGGCUUCAAACAAAUACACUCGCGAGAAGGUGCUAGCUGGUGUAGCAAUAUGUCUUUUUACCACGUACAGUGCUCGGAAGUUGUAUCCGAGACUUUUGAAGAGUCUUCUAAAGCGAACAGGGACUGGGGAUGCCGCGAGAUCGCCACACAAAGAUUCGCCGAAUGUUGACAAACGAUUUUAUCAACAAUUGAAAUAUUUGUUGAAAAUUAUCUUUCCAAGGCUUUGGUCGAAAGAGUUUGGAAUUCUUUUCUUGCACACAUUCACUCUUGUGAUAAGAACGUUGCUGUCAAUCUAUGUGGCAAAACUUGAUGGAAGCAUAGUCCGCACUAUUGUACGGAGGGAUGUCAAAGCCUUCCUACUUCUGCUUGCCCAGUGGAUUGGCAUAGCAAUUCCAGCAACCUUUGUUAACAGUUUGAUUCGUUUCUUGGAAAGUAAAUUAGCUCUGGCGUUUCGUACAAAGUUAGUUGAGCAUGCCUACGGUGCUUACUUUGCUGACCAGACUUACUACAGAGUCAGCAAUCUGGACAGUCGAUUACCAAAUGCAGAUCAGUGUUUAACAGAAGACAUCACAUCGUUUACAUCCUUGUUGGCACAUCUGUACUCACAUUUAACAAAACCAAUGUUGGAUGUAGCUUUGAUGUCUUUUACUCUGUACAGUCUUGCAUCAAGCAGAGGGGCUAGUUCUUCAGUUCCAGUUAUAGUUGCUACAACUGCGGUAUUUGUCACAGCGGAAAUUUUGAGAGCUGUGUCUCCACGGUUUGGGAAAAUGGUGGCAGAAGAAGCCAACAGGAAAGGAUAUCUUAGAUAUCUUCAGUCCCGAAUCAUAACAAAUGCUGAGGAGAUUGCCUUUUAUGGUGGUCAUAAGGUUGAGCUGAGCUUGUUGCAGAAAGGUUAUCAACGCUUAAAGAGGCAGAUGGAGCUGAUAUUUUGUCAGCGUCUCUGGUACAUCAUGUUGGAACAGUUCCUGAUGAAGUAUAUCUGGAGUGCCAGUGGUCUCAUCAUGGUGGCUGUACCGAUUAUUACAACAGUUGCUGUGCGCUCUGAUGGCUCCAAAAUAGAUGAUGAUUUUGAUGGAGGUGUAAGUGAUAGAACACGUGCGUUCACGACGGCCAGAAACCUUCUCAUCAACUCUGCCGAUGCUAUUGAAAGGAUGAUAUCAUCCUACAAAGAGAUUACAGAGCUGGCAGGUUACACAUCAAGGGUGUAUGCAAUGUUCUCGGUGUUUGAUGAUGUGAGGAAAGGGAAGUAUGAACGCAACAUAGUGACUAAUGACAAGAAGGCCCAGGGCAAGAAGCAAUUGGAGAAGCUGUCUGGACCACUAACAGCUGCAGGAGAAGUGGUGAUCACGGAUGGGAGCAUUUUCAUUGAAGACAUGCCUAUUAUUACACCCAACGGGGACAUCAUUGUUAAAAGUUUGUCUCUCCAGAUUGGCCCAGGAACUCACCUGUUGAUUACAGGACCCAAUGGCUGUGGGAAGUCAUCAUUGUUCCGCAUACUGAGUGGCCUGUGGCCGGUCUAUGGUGGUAAACUUCACAGACCCGAUCCUUCUACCAUGUUCUACAUUCCGCAGAGACCAUACAUGUCCAUAGGGACCCUGAGGGACCAGGUGAUCUACCCUGACACUCUGGAGGAUCUACAGAGGAAGGGGCUCACAGAGGCUCACCUCGAGGACAUCCUCAGUAUUGUCAACCUCAGAUACGUUGUCGACAGGGAGGGAGGCUGGGAUGCUGAAAGUGACUGGAAGGACGUUCUGUCAGGCGGUGAGAAACAACGAAUGGGCAUGGCAAGAAUAUUUUACCACAGGCCCCAGUUUGCCCUGCUGGAUGAGUGCACUAGUGCAGUGUCCAUUGAUGUGGAGAGCAAGAUAUACCAGACCAUCAAGGACAGGGGGAUCACACUGCUUACCAUCACUCACAGGCCGUCCCUCUGGAAGUUCCAUUCACACCUUCUGCAGUUUGAUGGCGAAGGCGGAUGGAGGUUAGAGAAGUUUGACACAUCAACACGUCUGUCACUCAACGAAGAAAAGCAGAAACUGGAAAACCAACUGGCAGGCAUUCCCAAGAUGCAACAGCGUCUACAGGAGCUGUGCACGGUGCUAGGCGAGGACUCGGUGCUUCUCAGCAAACAUGGCACCUUCAACGACCUUGAGACUCUGCAGGAAGUGCUCGACCAGGAGGACGCAGCAGAUGAAGAUGUGUCUUGAUCAUCAAUUGAGCCACGUUCAUAGAAAACUAUACUGAAUACAUGUACAUAAAGUGUCGUCCUAGAUUAACCUGUGCAGUCUGCACAGGCUAAUCAGGGACAACACUUUCCUCUGUCAUGUUUGUUUUUUUGUUUAAAGGAAAUCUCGUUUUAGCAAAAAUCCAGUUUAGGCGGAAAGUGUUGUCCCUGAUUAGCCUGUGCAGACUGCACAGGCUUAUCUAGGACAACACUUAACACACAUGCAUUUGACCUAGUGUUCCCAGAAAGUUACUCAAUUAAGUAUUGAACACUAUGUUAUAUUGACAAUUAUUACGAUUUUUAUGUAAAUGCUGUGGUUUGAAGUGGACAGUCUAGUCUUUUGGCCUGUGGCAGUAGGUUGGCUGUGCUCUGAUGUUUUACUUAAUGAUAAUGUUGAAAAUAUACAUUGCCAUGUUC